AUGCCUAAGAAGAGACACCAAAAUAGGUACUCUAAGCCUCAAUCUACCGCGCCGUCGUUGCUCAGCAGCUCGGCUGCCCGCAGAGACGAUGGUCAAGGUGAUGCCGCCCAAAACCGUGGAGUCAAUGAGCUGCUCGCCGGCCUUCGCCGCACCGGUCUGAGCGGAAGCAAUGGUGGGCAACAGGCUCUGAAUACGAUCCAGCCGAGCGUUCCGCCUGCCAUCCGCCAAAUCCUCCAGAUCCCCGAGACACCCCCCCCUCCGCCAAGGCGGCCGGUACGGGUUGGGCGAGGGGGGGCGAGACUUCCCGCAGGACCGGCGCCCCCGCGCAGUUGGCUGUCAGGACCGGAACGGGCAGGGCACGCUCUUCGGCAAUCGGCCACAAAGUAUGGUGCCGCGAAGGGCCACGGGCACCGAUCGCUCCCGGGGGUGAGUCUCCCAGGACGCGGAAGCCUGAUUGAUAUGGUGCUUCGCCGGUUUGUCCUCGACUGGGAGUGGCAAAGGACAUAUUGCCAGUAUCAUCUUUACGAACUGCCAACUCAUCUUAGGGUGUCUUUACUUAUCUACCUUGCUAUGUACACGAGCGAAGGCGUGUCUCUGCGGGAUCUCCAGGCCGUUCUGCUACCCCCGCCAGACAUGCCCGACUACUGGGAAGACCCAGACCUGGUUCCCAGCGCCAUCAACGACGAUUUCCACUGUCUCGAUCUCACAGGUUGGAUCGGGCGGUCCAUCAAGCUCCGUGAGCUGUCAAACCUCCUCUUCCCGCCAAACCUUGAGCCCAUCGACCCACAAGACUCUUGGGACACCCCUGAUCAGCUCUCCAGAGACAUCCCACGUUCGAUAGUCCCCAAUCUAACCCACCUUUCCCUUGCGCUCGAUCCCACCUCGUCGCCUGCUAUAUCCUGGCGACAGCUCCUUUCCUUCGCAACGCACCUACCCGGGCUGACGCACCUCAGCUUAGCAUUCUGGCCGGAACCAAGUCUCACCCCUAACGCGAAGCUCGCAACGGUCGUGUCGCCCCACACCGGCGGCACUCUACAAUACGGGGGCACGGGGCCCUACAGUCAUUCUCUUGACGGCAACUGGGAGGAACAAGUGCUUGUACUUCGGCGACUUAGUAAGAGUCUGUACGGGCUUGAAUACCUCGAUCUCACCGGGUGUGGCGAAUGGUACCCUGCCCUGUGGUCUAGUGCCGGGGAGGGCGAUACCGUAGAUUGGACCGGAGCGUGGGGGAAGAUUAAUACGUUGGAGAUGUACCCUGGCUAUACGCUGAAAGAUGACGCAGAAGCCGCAGAGAGGGCGCGGUACUGGGAAAUGGUGGACUGCACACAGCAAUUAGAAAGACACAUACGGGCGAGUAGGGCGGGGAAGGGCAGGUUUAUCACGAUCGAGACCGUCAAACGCUCGGGACUGGGAGGAACGAGUCCAAGUUAA